CUUCGCGAUUUUCUCCGUCGUCGCCAUAAGCUGCUAGAAAGCUGCGACGCUGUACAGGUCCGCAGUGUAGACGUCGCCAUGCCGCUUCUAUUGAGGCCCACGGCGCCCAGCCCCAGCAUCGAUGAGCUUGCCUUCGCAGUGACGGCGGCUCCGCUCUCUUCUCAGGCCUCGCAGCGCUCCGUGUCUUCAGCCGUAUCCGAGCUACCGCGGUGCCCCACGCACGGCCGAAUCUCGCUACGCCGCCGCCGCAGCACCGCAGGCACUGAAACAGAUCUACACAGCUGCACGGAAGAAGCCUGCCAGGACCUAGAACACCAGUCGAUACCGAGAUCCAGCCAGCAGAGCAUGCGAAGCAGUGGUAUCCUCAAGCCCAAGGACUCGGAGAAAGCUUUCCGCGAUUCGAAGCGCUCGUCACAUGACACGCAGCUCGAUGAAGAUCGCAUGUCCAGCGAUGGUAGCUAUGCGUCUGAGGCUGAGCGCGUCUCCAGCGUGCUGAGCUGCGGAUGCUCGUGCGCGGACGCCAACGAAUUCGCCAUCACGUCGUCCACCGUCGUCAUUGAAGACCGACAGCUUGCCGUCGUGGACAAAGAAUUGCGCGAUUAUCGCAAGACUCUUGUGCGUAAAUUGUACUCGCGCCUGACGAAGAUCUCGGGCCUGGGACGCAGGAAACCGUCCACGGCCAAGCCGGUUUUUUAAAUGGAGCGUCUACUUGGACAUCGGGAAUCCUGUAGAUGCCCGUUCAUGGGCGAAGUGGCUAGAAAGAGUAGAUUUUUGCCAGGGCGAAGCUGCCCACGCCCUUAAAUAUUUAUCAUAAAUUGUUUUGAGUUGCUUCGUGAUCCGGCGCAAGUGUCUUACAUGUUGUACUACAGAGCUCGUUGGACAGGGG